AUGACAAAUAAGAUCGCUGAUAAUUCAUGCAAUCACACAUCGUUGAUGACUGGAUAUAAUCUUCAUACAUGUAAUACAUGCUUCAACAACAUACCCGUAUCUGAUAAUCUUGUAUCUGAUCAUGGUGAGAUUAAUUUACACAACUCAAAUUCUAAGAAUAACAUCAAAUCUAUUUUUGAUGCAACUACAAUAAACAUACCUAUCGGAACUAUUGAGCCAACAACAUCAUCGAUUUCUUCUCUCUCAUCACAAGCUCAAAUACCUUUUCCCGAAUAUCUUUCUUAUGAUGCUACACAUAUGGCUGGAAAUUUGUCAGAAGUCACUUUCGAUAAUUUGUAA